AUGGCUAGAGGAUCUGCCCCAGGAACCGAAACUAUAUCUACUCCCCACUCGCCUAUCCAUCUGUCAACAGUCCUCAACUCUCCACCCAACUCUUCAAGAACAAUGCCUUCUACUGCUUCCACUUCUCGAACACAGAACAACAAGGCUUCGUCUAGGAAGACUACCAACACGAUGCGUCGGACCAACACUCAAACGGAGAUCCCUCUCCCAAUCACCUAUACCCCAACCACCCAUCGCAUCAGUAAAGCAAAGAAGGGUAAACGGGUACACGCCUGCGAGUACCCAGGAUGCAACAAGUCCCAUUAA